CUUAGUCUGCACUUCGUCAAAUCGUCAUCAAUAAGCUUUCUACUAGGUAUACUCGUAUAGUAUCAGUUGUAGCUUCUUUUACUUCAAAUGUCAAUCAGUCCUUAGUGUUGAUUUGGGUUCAGCUUGUAUCGGGUUAAAGAAAAACAUCUAAGAGACAACUGGCACCAAUAUGGACAACAAAGGAUAUGUGAACGAGGCCAAAGUCAAUGGCGGUGGCGUUUCUCAAGAUACUGAAGCUGCUUCUUGCAAGUCUUCAUCAUUAGAUUUCGAUGACAAUCUUAGCGGAAGUCAAGUAAAACGUGAUCAAUGGGGCAAGGAUAUUGAAUUUCUACUUUCGUGUAUAGCUCUGUCAGUUGGAUUGGGAAAUGUUUGGCGUUUUCCAUUUGUGGCAUUGGAAAAUGGUGGUGGAGCUUUCGUCAUACCGUACAUAAUAGUUCUAUUCUUGGUGGGAAAGCCUAUUUAUUACAUGGAAAUGCUGUUGGGACAGUUUUCCAGUAGAGGCAGUGUUAAGUUGUAUGAUUUUGCACCGAUUAUGAGAGGAGUUGGAUUUGGGCAGGUUAUAUCAGUGGCAAUUCUUGCGACUUACUAUGCAACACUUAUGGCUUUGACAUGUCGUUACCUUAUUGCUUCUUUCUCUUCGGUACUCCCUUGGAGUUAUUGUCGUCCGGAAUGGGGAGAUUCGUGUAUUGACUCAGGAUUCAAAGGCAAUUUCACCGUUGGUGGUGGGGAAAACGACGGUGGUGAAGUGAAGAAAUAUCCUUCGGCUCAGUUCUAUUUUACACAAGUGAUUUUAAAGGAAAAGGAUCAAAUUGACGAUGGCAUCGGAAUGCCAAGUUGGCAGUUAACAAUUUGUUUGCUAUUCACUUGGAUAAUGAUCGCAAUUAUAAUCAUCAAAGGAGUUCGUAGCUCGGGAAAGGCUUCGUAUUUUUUGGCCAUUUUUCCAUACGUAGUUAUGUUCAUUCUUCUAAUUCGAGCUAUGACUCUACCUGGUGCUAGUAAGGGAGUAAUGUUCUUUAUAACUCCACAAUGGGAUAUGCUCUUUACAGCUAAGGUGUGGUACGCAGCUGUGACCCAAGUAUUCUUUUCAUUGGCUAUUUGCUUUGGCAAUAUCGUUAUUUAUUCUUCGUACAAUAAAUUUGAGCAUAAUGUUUACAGGGACGCAAAUGUUGUAACAACUUUGGAUACAUUUACUUCAAUGUUGUCAGGAGUUAUUAUAUUUGGAAUUUUGGGGAAUCUUGCAUACGAAACGCAAACUGAUGAUAUUGCUAAUGUUGUUAAAGGAGGAACAGGUUUAGCUUUUAUUUCUUAUCCGGAUGCAAUUGCUAAGUUUAAUGCUGUACCACAGCUCUUUUCAGUGCUCUUCUUCCUGAUGCUUUUUGUUCUUGGUCUUGGCAGCAAUGUUGGAAUAGUUUCGUGUCUCCUAACUGUAACCAAAGAUCAAUUUCCAAAUGUCAAGCAAUGGGCUAUUGUUGGAGUAAUAUCAGUUUGUGGUUUUUGCAUUGGAUUACUCUACAUUACACCUGGAGGACAAUUUAUCCUUAAUUUAUUAGACUUUUAUGGUGUAACCUUUAUAAUUCUCUGCUUAGCUAUUGUACAAUUGAUUACUGUUGGUUGGAUUUAUGGCGUUAAAAGAUUUUGUGCAGAUAUUGAAUUUAUGUUGCAACGCAAGACUAGCUUAUAUUAUAGGCUUUGUUGGGCUGUUAUUACUCCAGCAUUUAUGACUGCAAUUUUGAUUUAUACAUUGGUGAACUAUGAACCAAUUAAAUAUAAUGGUUAUACAUUCACGAUGGGACUUCAAACAUUUGGUUGGUGCUUGUCGGCCUUUGGAAUUUCACAAGUAUUAAUUUGGGGUGUAAGUGGGUAUCUUCAAACACCACCGGGGCCUUCUCGAUUUAUGAGAUCUUUUCAGCCUAAGAGUGAUUGGGGUCCAACAGAUAGGAGAUUAUUAAAAUUAUACCAAAACAAUGUAAUUGAUCUCAAGAGAAAUGAGCCGGUUAGGAAAAAUUUCCUAUACCGGAUUUGGGAUAAUAUAUUUGGAUAGGCUUCAAUUCAUAUGUUUUUCCAUUAUAUAUAAUUUUGAAAUGAUGUGAUUGGAUUUGUUUAAAAAUAAAUUAAAAACGUA